ACCCGUUACUAUCCCCUAAGACAUCCAAAAACUUUUUUUACCCAUCUUCCAAUUUCCAUGAUAGUCGUAUGGAAGUUUUCAAUAUGGAAGCAUCAUGACAGAAUGCAUGCGUCAGUGAGUGCAUGAAACUCACCUGCUUGUAGGCAAACAUGGGGGCCUGACCAAAGGCAUUUAAAGUAUAGCAAUUCUCAGCCAUCGUGCAUCUCAUGCCGAUGUAACUUAAUGCUGCUUUUGAUAAAAAGUACGAUGAAAUUUGAAGACAGUUACUUCCUUUCCAACUAGCGACAUGAAUCAAAGGCUGCUCAGUUUACUUGCUUCGCUAAGACUUCACAACUUUUCAGCGCACACUGGAGGGUGCAAAAUUGCACAAAUAACGACAUACAGCAACUCUGGAGCUGAACAUGCAUUGGCGGGUCCCGACACCCGUGCCGACAGCAACGCUCAAAGCACUCAAGAAAAAAAUAAUAAUACUAGCAUGUACUUGUAAAUAUAUAUCAUGGAUGCAAUGAUCACUGAGAAAUGAUAGCAUAGAAGAAGUCAAUCCACAAUAACGAGAAACAUAGAAAUCUCAAUCUUAUCAAUCCACUAUAUAAUGGCAUCGGAUUCCCCGGCACCUUUAACAAACAUUCCUACAUCUAUUUUCAAGUUUGGCUAUGAUUACAGUAAAUGUAUCAGAUAAAAAUGCUCCUUCAUGCUUGAAAGAGCACCCCCCCAACACACCAAAGCAUGCAGCACAUGCCACCACCUGCAAAAGAUGAGAGGGCAAGUUCUAGUUUAUCUUCUACUAGCAUUGCUCCUGCUUGCAGCUUCUCAGCUAAAGGGCUCCCAAAUUAAUGUUCAAGCUAUUGAAUCAGUUCACUUCAAACUCAGACCUAGAAGCCCCAUGCCAAGCUCACAUACUAGAAAUGCAUUACCUACCUGGGUUGAAAUGAAGAAGAUUCAUAAAUCCCCAUCUGGACCUAACCCAGUUGGAAAUCACCGCCCACCAUCAAGGCAAUAAGUCAGUGGAUGCAACAGUCAGCAUAGGAGAUAGAAUGAGGUAACACGAUUUGGGUUGGAGGUCAGAUGGGUUCAUUUAGGCUUUGUGCUUGUAUAAAAAUGAAUUUUACUUUUAAGAUUUAUGUCAGAUCAAAGCAAGUAUUGAUGUACUACUGUAUGCCCCUAUUCUUCAUUAAAGUUUUAGAUGAGUUAGCUUUGGCUUACACACCUAGAAAAGGCCGGUAGUUUGCUUUGAGAUAUUAUAUUUGGUUUUCUUCAGUCAGAAGGUAAUUUUAUAUCCUUGUCACAAUGCUCUGCAAAACAAUUCUUCUACUCAUUGCAUGUUAGACUAUCCCAUGUUCGCAGAGAGAAGCACUUUCUUUCACACAUGAAAGGAAAUGUGGGCUUGAUUUGAACCUUGAACGUGACUAAAGUAAAUUUGUCAACAAAUGGCUGAAACAAUUUAAAUAAAGAAUUGACAAUUUUCAUAUUUGAGGAAAUAAAUUAUAAACUCAAAAUAUUUCCCACUUCAGAGGUUCAAACCGGAUCAAAGGAAGCAAGGAAGGUGCAACUAUUACCACUGCAAGAUUC